GUGGGUUUUUAGAUUGAGGCUACAGGUUUGUCAGUCAGGGGUCAGAGUCUACAUGGUGAGGUUUGGAACCACUAACCCGGUUGUACACUUAUCACCAUGGUUGAGACCCGUAGUGGGACGGGGACUAGUCCGUACACCCCUGAGCAGCAAGCAAAGAUGACCGCCUUAGUGAAAGAGAACAAGGAGAGAAAAGAGUGCGAGAAGCAGGCGAAGCUAAAGGCUAUCGCAGAUGAGCAGGCGACGAAGAUGAAGAGGGUACAACAGGAGGAGGAAGAAAGAAGGAAGGCUGCUGAAGCAGAAGCGGCAGCAGAAGAAGAGAAAGAGAGAAUGAGAAUUAAGAGUGGAGAAGGGAGCAGCGGUGGCACGAUGAAGUGGGAGACAUAUACUGAGCUGGAGAAGAAGAUCAGCGAGUGGGUCGCUAAUUUAUCGUUGGGGGAAGACGAGGAGGCGGAGUCCUAUGUAACUAAGGAUGAAAAGGCUGCGCUGGCCGCUGAGCUAGCAGCCAUGACUGACAGUAUGGAACGAAGAGAGAGGGAAGACGAGCAAAAGUUAGCAUGGAAGUUGAGAAUGAAGAGGGAGAAGAAGAGGAGGAGAGAGGAAAUGAAUAAGAUGACCGCAGCAGUGGCAAAGGUGCAGGAGUGUAGAGCGGAGGUGCUGGCCCUGCCAGAUGAUAAGGCCAAGUGGGACAAGGUACUGGGCUAUCUAGAGGUGUUGAGCAAGGCCUGGAUGGAAGAGCGCCAGGCAAGUUGGAGCCAAGAUGUAGCCUUGAGUGCCAUGCGGUCAGGGUUUAGAGACUUUGCGCGCGAGAUCGUCACCCAUAUUGGGGGCGAAGUCAAACAGUUGAGAGACAAUGUAGGGAAGUUUUGUGAGGGCGCCAUUCAGGGUGCCAAAGCUGUAGUCGCCGCAGAGGGAGAGGCCAGGCCCCGUAAGGACCCAGUGAAGCUUAAGUUUCCGGAUGCGUACGGGGGAAAGAAGGAAGAAAACUUUGACAACUGGGAAGCCAGUGUCAAUAGUUAUAUUUACUUGCAGCAUAUCUUGGCCGAGGAACAAGUCCUUGUGGCCUUCCAGGCCCUCAAAGAUGAAGCGGCUAGCUUCGCCAGGUCUCUUGCGCGUACACCCGAUAACACCUUGGCACAUUGCUGUCUCAGUGCUCCCGCGUUCGCGCGAUUAGUCAAAAAGGAGCAGUUAGAAGACCAGGUCUUUGUAGUUAAUGUUAGACCUGUCACUGAGGCCCAGGAAAAAGAUAGUUCCACAGAUCCAACAAUUGCCAAGCUGCUAGAAGAAUUCAAAGACUUGACUGAGUCGCCGACAGGAAUAGUGUCGCGACCCAUCCAGCAUAGGAUAGAGAUAGAGCCUGGCAGUAGAACUCCUAAGGGUGCAGCCUACAUGAUGUCCCCUGGAGAGUUAGAGGAGCUUCGCAAGCAGUUAGACAAACUCCUUGAGAAAGGUUGGAUCAGGCCCAAUUCGUCUCCUUUUGGAGCGCCAGUUUUGUUUGUCCCCGAGAAGGAAGGAGAGUUUCGCAUGUGUAUAGACUAUAAGGGUUUGAAUGCGAUCACAGUGAAGAAUGCUGAGCCGUUGCCCAGGAUAGACGAUCUUUUAGAUCGGGUGCAGGGUUGUAAGUAUUUCUCUAAGAUAGACUUAAAGUCCGGGUACCAUCAGAUAGAAGUCCAUCCUGACGAUCAGUACAAGACUGCGUUCCGGACUAGAUACGGGCACUAUGAGUUCAUAGUGAUGCCCUUUGGACUAACCAACGCGCCAGCUACUUUUCAACACUAUAUGAAUGACCUGUUUAGACCAUGGUUAGACAAAUUUGUAGUAGUCUAUUUAGAUGAUAUCCUAGUCUUUAGUAAGACCCUCCAAGAGCACCAGGGUCAUCUGAGGCAGGUCUUGGAGAAGCUUAGAGAGGCUAACUUCAAGAUCAAUGCGAAGAAGUGCGAGUGGGCCAAGACGCAAGUCUUGUACUUGGGCCACGUGUUGGACGGAGAUGGCAUUAAGCCAGAGGACAGUAAGAUCGCGACGAUUAGAGACUGGCCGACGCCCCGCACAUUGACAGAGUUGCGGUCGUUCCUAGGUUUAGCUAACUACUACAGGAAGUUCGUGCGGAACUUCUCCACUAUCGCCGCCCCCUUGCGCAGACUGCUCAAGAAAGAGGCAAUCUGGCAAUGGGACAAAGACUGUACGUUUGCGCUCAAGAAGUUAAAGCGCGCGUUAAUAGAGUAUCCUGUCCUCAAAGUUGCAGAUCCGUCUUUGCCAUUUGUUGUCACCACGGACGCAAGUCAGUAUGGGAUAGGCGCCGUGUUGCAGCAAGACGACGACAAUGGCUAUAGACCCGUAGAGUUCAUGUCAGCGAGGAUGCUCUGUGAGAAGGUCGCUACCUCCACGUACGAGAGAGAACUCUACGCUCUCAGGCAGACUUUAGACCAUUGGAAGCAUUAUCUGCUUGGGAGGCACUUCAAAGUGUAUUCUGACCAUGAGACACUUCGUUGGCUAAAGACCCAGGCCAAGAUGACACCUAAGUUGACUAGGUGGGCCGUAGAGAUAGACCAAUUCGACUUUGAGCUCAAGCCAGUGAAGGGCAAGUACAACGUAGUUGCGAAUGCUCUGAGUAGGAGAUCAGACUACUUUGGAGCUGUGGUACACUAUCUGGAUAUAGGGAGAAACCUGCAGGAGAAAGUGAGGCAAGCAUAUGCGCAGGACCCUAUCUAUAGCGACCUCCUAAAAAGAGUUAGAGAGGCCCCAAAGACCGAACGAGAUUACCGCACUACAGACGGGUUGUUGUUUGAGAAGACUAAUGUGUUUGACCGCCUGUGCGUUCCCAACAGCGAAGAGAUCCCCAGUUUGAUUCUAGGGGAAUGCCACGAUACUGAGGGGCAUUUUGGUUGGCAAAAGACAUUAGCCAACCUGAUGCGUGCAUAUACCUGGCCAAGGAUGAAGAAUGACUGCAUAGAGUAUGUCCGCAGUUGUAAAGUGUGCUAGAGGAAUAAGUCUACUACACGCGCGCCCCUAGGUCUUCUCAGACCCUUGCCUAUUCCGGAUCAGCCGGGAGACUCCGUGUCCAUAGACUUCAUGGACACCCAAGUCAAGAGUAGACAUGCUAAGAGCCAAGUCAUGGUCGCAGUGGACCGUUUUAGUAAAUAUGCAGUUUUCGU